CUCGUUGGCGAAUGGGACCGAGAAACGCAAAUUUUGCAAAAUUUUCUCUGUUUCGUCUUUUGUUUCGCUUCAAACUUCAAAACCCUCUUCUCAUUUUCAACCCUAAACCCUAAAAAGAUGAUCGGCGCUGUCCGGAGGAGCUCCGGGCUGUCUGGAUUGUUGCAUUUUCGCCGUUCUUCUCAGUUGAAAGGUUCUAAGGCUUUUGAAGCUACUGCGAUCGUGAGGAAGCAAUCUCAGCCCAUUCGGCCGUAUUUCCGUUUGCCGGAUUCUUUCAGGAAGACGAAGGAGGUUGGUGUUUUUCCAUCGCUGCAGCACUCGUCUGUGUGGUCGGUUAUUUCGUUUGCGAAGGUUGAGUUUCUCGAAUGGUAUUUGGCUAUGGUGAAAUGUCGCCCUGUUCUUACGAAGAGUAUCACUUCUGCGCUUAUUUACACGGCUGCUGAUUUGUCGUCUCAGACCAUUGCUCUGCCAUCUUCAGAGCCAUAUGAUUUAGUUCGAACACUACGUAUGGCUGGAUAUGGCCUGCUGAUUCUAGGGCCAUCUCUCCAUUACUGGUUCAACUUCAUGUCAAGACUCUUCCCCAAGAAGGACAUCUUCUCCACCUUGAAGAAAAUGGCCUUGGGCCAGAGCCUCUAUGGCCCUUCCAUGACAGUCAUUUUCUUCUCUAUGAAUGCAUUUCUCCAAGGUGAAAAUGGUUCUGAAAUCAUUGGCCGAUUGAAACGAGAUUUACUUCCUACAAUGCUCAAUGGUGUUAUGUACUGGCCAGUUUGUGACUUCAUCACAUUCAGAUUCGUCCCUGUUCAUCUUCAACCGUUGGUCAGCAAUUCGUUUUCAUACGCGUGGACUGUUUACAUGACAUACAUGGCAAGCCUCGAGAAAGCUGCCUCAUGAUCCGAUCCCAAUGGCUGAGCAAUUUGGGAUUUUGACAGUCCCUUUUGCAGGCUGAUGCAGAAACUGGCAGCUUAUUAGCACAGGAGGGAGAAAAAUAGAGAGAUUCUUUGUUCAGUUCAUAUAAUUGUACAGAAUUUCAUGAGGGAACUUUCUGGGAUUCUGUUUAGCAGCUACUUGGUGCAUAUUCUUCUUGUUUUUAUUUAGUAAUGAAGAACCAUGCAUUAUCAUUUAUGUUAUCACAUAGCCUUUCAGAUAA